AUGAUUAGCAAAUCCGAACAAGAAGCAGUUCUCAAUAGAUGUGUCAAUAACAUCAAGCACCAACUGAAGUUAAUGAGGACAAAUCUUGAUGAAUAUAAAUUACUACCAGCUUUAAAGAAUUGUUCAAAUUUUCUAAACGAAUUACGUGUUAGUCAAUUGAGUCCCAAGCAGUACUAUGAGAUCUAUAUCAUGGUUUUUGAUUCCUUGGAGGUGCUCAGUGGAUAUUUGGUUAGCAGUGAUCCACAACGUAAGAAAAAGACUCGAGAGGAAAAUGGCGACCACAAGGACAGCAACUGCAGUGACGAGGACAAUGACGAGACAGUGUCUUCGGCUAAAACAAAUGCAUUUCUUGCUGAUUUGUACGAAAUUGUUCAGUAUUCCGGUAACAUUGUCCCUCGAUUAUACAUGAUGAUCGUAGUGGGUACUACAUAUAUGGCAUUAAAAGGAGCACCAACAAAAGAUUUAAUGAAGGACAUGAUUGAAAUGUGUCAUGGAGUACAACACCCAAUUCGAGGACUAUUUUUGCGAUACUAUUUGUCACAACGUACUAAAAAUUCAUUGCCAUUUCUGACAAAGUUGGAUUUCAACGAAACUGUUGAUUUCCUAAUUGGCAAUUUUAUUGAAAUGAACAAGUUGUGGGUACGAUUACAACAUCAGGGCCAUUCUUCUGAACGCGAAUUACGUUAUAAUGAGCGUAAAGAAUUAAAGAUUCUCGUUGGAUCGAAUCUUGUUCGAUUAAGUCAAAUCAUUGAUGAUUAUGAUGCUGAAGCUGCUGGCGAUGCCGAAUUUUCAGCAGUUUCAUUUUAUGAAGACAAGGUGUUUCCUACAAUUACUGAACAAAUCAUCCAAUGUCGAGAUCAUUUGGCCCAAACGUAUCUUGUUGAUGUUUUGAUCCAGAUUUUUCCCGAUGAGUUUCAUUUUGCUACUUUGGAAAAGUUGUUGAAUCAAGUAUUUGUUAAUUUACAUCCGUUGUUGAAUAAAAGUGAGUUGGUGAAUACAUUGAUUGAGAAAUUCAUCACCUAUUAUAAAUUCACCGAUGAUUCGUCAAGCGCUCCCAAUGGCGAUGGCUCUACUGAUAAACUGGCUAUUGAUGUAACUUCCUUAUUCAAUACCUUUUGGCAGUUUUAUCUCAAUUUAAAUGAAUCUGAGUCUGAUUUAUCUUUACAAGAACAUGCAAAGCUACUUGAAUCAUUCAUCAAGUUAUCUCUAACUUUUGAUCCGUCCAGUUUUGAAAACUUGGAUGUGGUGUACAAGUAUGCUGCUGAACAUUUAAUCAAUGAUGAAGAUGAGCAAGAACAGCAAUUGUUGGUUCAACUACUUGGUGAAUCAAUCAAACACUUUACAUCGAUCAAGACCAUCUUGACCUUGAAGAAUUAUUUUACAUUUUUCAACAAAUUGAAUCCAAAUUUGCAAAAGCAAGUUGCAAUGGCAAUUAUUGAUCAGAUCUUGGCAACACUGGAGGAAUUGCAAGGAGCGGAUGAAGAGGGUGAAGAAGAAGAAAAGGAGUAUUACACCACUGUGAAUGAAAUUGAUGGUGUGUUCAAGUACAUGCUGAUAUUGAUUAAACAGACACCAACUAAUUUGGAUACCGCUCAAGAUUUAGGAAUUACUAAAAGCGUUAGUAUUAACAAUGGGGAAAAGUUGGCAACAUUGGAAUUUCUUGAAACACAAGAAAAACUAAACAAAUUGAUACAAUUGAUUGAUAAUCCUCGAGAUCCAAAACUGGUGAUCAGUAAUCUAUUUUAUUUACGGAAAAAGUAUUUGAAUAAGAAUUUCCAAAGUUUUAUAUUCACUUAUCCGACAUUAAUCGAUAGGAUAUUAUUUAAAUUGAAACUUGUGGGGUACGUCAACUUGCAAAAGCAAAGACAGUUGAAAGAUCAAAAACAAGAGCUCACUGAUGGCGAUGAUUCUCAUGAUGAAGUAAAUCGGUUCCUUGUGUCCAAUUUCAAGAAUUUAUCCGUGAUUAUUGAAGAAAUGUACCAGAUACAUGCUGAAUAUUCCUCGGAACUAAUAUUGAGAAAGUAUCUUGAUGUGGCUAUGGUAUCAGAUCAGUUAAAAUUGAAUUCGAUUACGGUGGAAGUUUUCAAUCAAUGCUAUAUAAUCUAUGAAGAACGGUUGAUUAUAUUAUCGCAUCAAAACAAGUACAGUCAAGGGAAAACUUUUGAUGGGUUAAGUGGCGGUUCAAUUGCGUUGCAAUCUAUUCUAUCCAUUGCUAAUAUAUUGAUUAGGACAAGACAUUUGGUCAGAAAUGACUAUGAAGAGUUGAUUGUUAAAUUGACGUUGUAUGGAAGUAAAUUGUUGAAGAAGCAAGAUGGGUGUCGAGCCAUUUCUGCUUGUGCUCAUUUAUUUUGGUGGAAUGAAAAUUUAUUACCGUUGAAUGAGGAAUCACCCACUGUAAAGGAAGAAGAUGGAGAAGAGGGGACCGAUGAGAAAGAGGAAGACAAAGAAAAGACAAAGAAUGAGAAGCAAAAAGAAGGUAAAACUCAAGAAGAAAGUGAAGAUGAAAAUGAAGAUGAAGCAUCACCACCUAAACCCAUGUUGUAUCGUGAACCUAAACGAGUACUUGAGUGUAUUCAAAAAUCACUUCGACUUGCUGAUUCAAUAAUAGAUCCAUACAUCAGUCUUCAAUUGUUUAUUGAGAUUUUAAAUCAAGCAUUAAUUUUCCAUACUUAUGGCAAUGAUUUAAUUGAUACAAAGUUUAUUAGUGGGUUGAUCAAUCUCGUGAGGACUAAUAUGGAUAACUUGCGUGAUCAAAAUGGUGAUGAUGCUGGUGUUGAUGAGGGUGAAGAGGAUGUUGAAACGAAAUUGUUUAAACAAAGUCAAUUGUUCUUCAACCAAACUUUACAACAGAUUAAUCUUUAUGGAUGA